ACUUGCUGUUUGGAAGUGGCGUCGGCACUUCAUUCGGGAUUUUCCCGUACUUCUGCACUUCGUUCCCGAGUCUCAGCCUCAGGAUCGGCAACGUGCACCCCGCGUUCCAUCUGUCUUCUGAGACUUUGCCCAUCUCCAGAGAGAGCAUUCAGGAGACCAGGAAAAUGGCCACGGGGCUCCUGAAAGCCAAAAAAGAGGCAUUCGUGGCAUUCAGGGAUGUGGCUGUGGACUUCACCCGAGAGGAAUGGAGUUUGCUGAGCCCUGCCCAGAGGACCCUGCACAGGGAAGUGAUGCUGGAGACCUACAACCACCUGGUCUCACUAGAAAUUCCAUUUUCCAAACCAAAACUCAUUUCUCAGCUGGAGCAAGGAGAAGAGCCCUGGACUGAGGAGAAACGAUGUCCGCUGGUCCUCUGUCCAGGAUCAAAGCUAGAAAUUCAACCUUAUCCCCCCUGUCCGCUGGCAUUCUCUAGUCAGCGAGGCCUCAGCCAACAUGUGUGGCUCAGGCAUCUUCCUCAGCUCUUCUCAAGUUACUGUGCAGGAAAUCAUCUCCGUCCGGGGAAACCCUAUCCAGAAGAUCAGAAACAGCAGCAGAAACAACUCUUUGAUCAAGCCUGCUUGAGUGACAAAGCAGAAAUUCAAGAGACAGAAGACUCCAAGCCCUUGUUCAGGAGAGUAAGCAGAAGAGGCACUUGGGAGAUGUUGUCCAGCCCACUGCAAGAACAGCCAGUCAGGUCCAGGGAAGACAACACGGUGCUGGAUAUAGGGCCCAGCCUAGGCCAGAGGACAGACGUUGAGGAAUCAGACAAAGGAUCGCGUGGUGUAGAAGUCUCAAGAUUUGGGACAGUCAAAUGUGGGGAGUUUGGGCGAGGCUUUUUGAGGGAGUCAAACCUGCUCAGCCUCCAGAAGAUGCAUACAGGGGAGACACCUUACAUGUACACUGAGUGGGGACAGGGCUUUAGCAACAUGUCAAUCCUCAUAAAAAACCAGAAGAAACACUCUGGGGAAAAACCUUAUGUGUGCAAGGAGUGUGGACGAGGCUUUACCUGGAGGUCAAACCUCAUCACACACCAGAGGACACACUCAGGGGAGAAGCCUUAUGUGUGCGAGGAGUGUGGACGAGGCUUCACCUGGAAGUCAAACCUCAUCACACACCACAGGACACAUUCAGGGGAGAAACCUUAUGUGUGCGAGGAGUGUGGACGAGGCUUUACUUGGAAGUCAAACCUCUUCACACAUCAAAGGACACAUUCAGGGGUCAAGCCUUAUAUGUGCAAGGAAUGUGGGCAGAGUUUUAGCCUGAAGUCAAACCUUAUCACACACCAGAGGGCACACUCUGGGGAGAAGCCUUAUAUUUGCAAGGAAUGUGGGCGUGGCUUUCGCCAGCAUUCACAUCUCAUCAGACAUAAGAGGACACAUUCGGGAGAGAAGCCUUAUGUGUGCAGGGAGUGUGAGCAGUGCUUUACCCAGAAGUCACAUCUCAGUAGACACUUAAGGACACACACAGGAGAGAAGCCUUACGCGUGUGCGGAAUGUGGGCGCCGUUUUAGUUGGAAAUCAAACCUCAAGACACACCAGAGGACUCACUCCGGGGUUAAACCUUAUGUAUGCCUGGAGUGUGGGCAGUGCUUUAGCCUGAAGUCAAACCUCAACAAACACCAGAGGUCACACACGGGGGAGAAGCCAUUUGUGUGCAGAGAAUGUGGGCGAGGCUUUACCCGGAAGUCAACCCUUAUCACACACCAGAGGACACACUCAGGGGAAAAGCCAUUUGCGUGCAGGGAGUGUGGACGAGGCUUCAACGAUAAGUCAACCCUCAUCUCACACCAGAGAACACAUUCAGGGGAAAAGCCUUUUGUGUGCAGGGAGUGUGGUAGAAGGUUUAGCCAGAAGCCAAACCUCUUUAGGCACAGGAGGGCACACUCGGGUCAUAUGCCCUUUGUGUGCAAAGAGUGUGGGCAGGGCUUCUGUGAUAAGUUAACUCUCGUCACCCACCAGAAGGCACACUCCGGGGGAAAGCCUCACGUGUGCAGGGAGUGUGGGCAAGGCUUUAGCCGGCAGUCACACCUCGUUAGACAUCAGAGGAUACAUUCAGGAGAGAAGCCUUACAUUUGUAGGAAGUGUGGGCGAGGCUUUAGUCGGAAAUCAAACCUCAUCAGACAUCAGAGGACACACUCAGGAUAGACACCUUGUGUGUACAGCGAGUGUAGUGAAAUCUUCAGUCAAGAGUCCUAUUUCACAAGAUGCCAGAAGUCACACCUAGUGGUUUUAGUAAGAAGUCAGCCAUUACCAGACACCAAAGUGGAGACAGCUACUUACGUGUGACAGGAAUGUUCACGAGCUCAAUGGGAAGAGUCAACCUCUCCAGUCCGCCUGGAGAACUACUGGCUCAUUUUCAGGAGCUCUGGCUUCCCCUAGUGGGGAUGGUGGGUUGUGGAAGAUCAGGUAACUUGAUGGAGGGAGCACUUAGAAGUAGAUUGAAAUAAAGGAAUGGAGACUAUUCUAAUGUCAUUUCCUGAGAAUAUUUAAACCCUCCUUACACAGUAGCCUGGAUGUUAGAGAUAACAGCAAUAAUAGAGCUCGCCCCUUAAAAUCUGUCUGACUUUCUGAGAACAAGGGACUUGACAGAGACCAUUGCUGAUUUAAUCUUGCUUUCCCAGAGCAGGACCCAGCAGCAGUCAGCUUCAGGGAAGUUUGGGAAAUGAUGAAUUCAUGGAGACAGAGGUAGUACGUGGGUAGAAGAAGGUUUUAUUAUGCAAAAGGGCUUACAAGUGAGGAAGACCAUGACUGUCCUAGCUCUAGGUUUUGGGAGGAAGUAUCCAUUUUUGCUUGCUUCCGGGGGCUGUCUCUGGUUUCCAGGUUGAAUCCAUACUGAAGAUAUUCUUAUUUACCGAUGUAUUUAGACUAGAAAUGUAUUAUAUGCUUUUAUGAAGAAAACUGAUAGUAAUUUUUGUGAAUUUGACUUUCAAACCAAAAGUUAGAAUAUUGAAAAACAACUGUCGCCAUGAACUUGACAGCUUUCCACUACUUAGUCUUUUGUGACAAGAUUGCUGAUGAUAUUAAUGAAUGUGAUUUUGUAAUACCAUAUAAUGAAAUACGUAAACAUUUGGAAGAUCUGCCUAACUCAUU